GGCGCUCCGCUCUGUGGGCGGACUGCGCUUGCGGUGCCAUAGAGAGGGCGCGGGGCAAGUCAGGGCGGCGGGGGGGGAGGUAGAGGAGAGGAGCGCUUCCGGGUCUUUCCGGAAGCGGAAGCGAGGCGGCGGAAAACGGGGCCGGAGCUGCUAUGGAGGAGCCCGAGCGACGGCGUCGCCACCACCGGCACAAGAGGCGGAGCACCCGCGGAAGCCCUUCUUCGCCGGGGGAGUCGAGAGUCCACAGGUCCCAGUCAAAAAGGAAGAACAAAUCUUCUGACAAAAGGAGCCGGUCUCCUCGAGAGAAAACAAGCCGGAGUCCCAAUUUCAUGAUCACUAAUGUGAAGCAGGAACGAGAGGAUCGGUCCCGGAGGGGCCACGAGGAACGGCAGAAUCGAGACCGCUUGGAGCUGGAGCACAGGCGGGAGAGAAGUGGGGACCGAGACAAGCAUAGGGACCAUUCAGGCCGAAGGAAGUCCCACCGAGAUCAGCCUGGGGGUCACGAGAGGGACCAGGACGCUCAUCACCUCCAGGAGCAGCAGACACAGAGGGAAUACUACAACGAGCGGCGCCGGGAGCACCGUCCGCAGGCCGAGGCAAGCCUUGAUGGGAAGGAUAGGGAGACGCAGGGACCCCACAUCAAGAGUGCAGAGAAGGAUCCUGGUAAUAAGGAGAAACCAAGCUUUGAACUGUCUGGCGCACUUUUGGAGGACACCAACACUUUCCGAGGGGUUGUGAUCAAGUACACAGAGCCCCCGGAGGCACGCAUCCCCAAAAAGCGAUGGCGUCUGUACCCUUUUAAGAAUGAUGAGGUUCUUCCGGUGAUGUACAUUCACAGGCAGAGUGCCUAUCUGCUGGGCAGGCACCGACGUAUUGCUGACAUUCCCAUUGACCACCCCUCGUGCUCCAAACAGCAUGCGGUGUUUCAGUACCGGCUUGUGGAAUACACACGUCCGGAUGGCACCAUGGGCCGGAAGGUCAAGCCCUACAUCAUUGACCUUGGCUCGGGCAAUGGCACAUUUCUGAACAACAAGCAGAUUGAGCCCCAGCGUUAUUACGAACUGAAGGAGAAGGACGUGCUGAAGUUUGGCUUCAGCAGCAGGGAGUACGUCCUCCUUCAUGAGUCAUCGGAUACCACUGAGGUGGAUCAGAAAACAGAGGAGGAGGAGGAGGAGGAGGAAGAAUCCACUUGAGGGCACCUUGCAGGGAGGGGACUGGCUCUUUUUUCUGCAGCUCAGCUCCAACCUUUAGCACGGACAUGGCAGCUUUGCUGCACCGAUGUCUCUCACUGCCUUAGAAUCUGCUGUCUUUUGCUGGAUGCGUUACUGCUUGUUUGGGGAGCACCUCUCACACACUCGGGGUGUUGAGGGUUGUGGGCCCUGGCUGGCAAAGCCAGAGCGGUUGCUUUGCAGGGGGUUCUUGUCAGCUAAAAGGCACAAGGAUGUGAGAGUGUCUGGGAUGCCAACAUGGCACAACCCAUGCGGUGCUGAAGUUCCUCGGUUCAUGUUUCCUUUUUUUUUAAAUGUCCUGAAGCAACAGACCUAAGCAGACCAACAUAUGCCCAUGUUUUGCAAUCUCCUCUCCCAUUUCUCUGCAAAUAGUUGAAAACCAGAUACUACUUAUUUUUUUAAAUAGAAUGUUGAGAUAAAAUAAGUCUGGUGAGUGUUCUGUAAUGUCUCUACCUGUUUUUAUUCAUUGCUAAGAUGAAAGUAGUUGUAAAGCUUUCUAUGGAUUUCGGUGGUGCAUAUAGGCAUCAGAAUAUGUUUUCAAGCAGAUCGCAAGCAGUGGGGUCUGAAGUGAAAUGGAAGAUGUGGUGUCUCUCUCUCUCUCUCUUUCUGGCUUCCUUACCAGUGGAGUGAGGAGACUGCCUUUGUUUCUCAGGCACCUACCUUUCCCCAGGGAUGUAUUUUUACUUUUGUUUGAUGGACACAAUUUCCAUUGGAACAUUAAAAGAGGUCUAGUCUA